AAUAUUCGGUUCUUUCCUCAGUCGCUAAAUGCGUUAGAAAUAGGGUGCGGUGCUGGAAAUUUUCGUCCCUCUUCAGCGCGAACUAUCACGCAUCUAGUGACCGUUCGACGGCGGCACACGUCAGUCAUUUUAAUUGGCUCAGAAAAAUAUCAAUAAACGUUGUCGUUUGGCAUUGUUUUCGUCGCCGGUUGUCAUAGAGAUCGGUGUUUUGUUUCCAGUAAUUGAUGCGCUGCCAUACCGAACCGUCCCGCUGCCAUUACACCGAGCCUAAAUCGGCCAAAAUGGCGACGAUCGUCGAGCUCGAGAGCUGGCUCAUCUACCAAUACGUAACCACCGAAUGCUCCGGUUGUCUCUAAUUCGUUAAUUUUAUUUUCCCGCCUCCCCCGCACCCUUGGCAACCCGACCAAAGUGGAUUUUAUUUAAAUAAAUGAAGGAGCCAGUCAUGACGGAAAGCGCGUUCAAGGCCCGCGACAUAGGGCUGAGGGCUCAAAAGAAAAUUCUCAGCCGGAUGGCGGGCAAAAACAUCGCCAGGGCUUUCAUCGACGACACCACCGCGUCCCUGUUGGACAACCUGUACCGGCUCGCCAAACAAUACUCGAACAACAAGAAAGAAGCUGAGAAACUGAUCAAGAACAUAAUCAAGGUGGUCAUCAAGCUCGGAGUGCUAUACCGGAACAACCUGCUCGGCGAGGACGACAUGCGUCACGCCGAAAAAUUCAAGAGCAAGUUCCGCAUGGCCGGCAUGGCGAUAAUAUCGUUCUACGAGGUCGAUUUCAGCUACGACCGCAACUACCUCGUCCAAGCGCUCGAUGAGUCGCAAAAGAACCUCCAGUACAUCAUCUCGAAACACCUGACCGACAAAUCGUUGAGCAGGGUCGAGAGCGUGUUCAGCUAUUUCGGUAACGAAACGUUCUUGGACGCCAUCUUUAAGCGGGACGGCGAGUACCGCGAAUCCUUGGGUCGGGUCGUCGCCGACUUGAAUAAAGCGAUCGAGAGUGGCGACCUCUAGUCCGCCUUUUUUCCGUUCGGUUCGGGCACCGAAACUAGUCGGUUUAGGUUUUAACGCGCCGGGUACGUCGUGACGUCACGCUACGAGACUGUGACGCACCACGUUUUGCCGUUUAUGUGAUUUCGUCGUUAAGUGUCGGGGAACGUUUCGUUUUGCGCAAUUUGCGUUUUACAGUGUGACCCAUUUUGAAUUGGAAACGGCCCCGUUACUAAUUUUUUUUUAGAAUUUGAUGUUUUUUUUUCUGUUUGGGUGCGCGCAAUUUUUGGAAUGGAAACCGUCGCUAAUCGCUAUCCCAACAGUGCUUUUUUAAAAAUCACUUUAUACAGGGGGCUCGCAAAAAAUAAUAGAACCCGAAUAGCACACUUUAAGCCGUUGACAAGUUGUGGACAAACGUAGGCUACUUAUGGAUAUUGAACUCUACAAAUAUCACACGUCUGGAUGUCUUUUUGAAAUCCAGACAUGAAUCCCAAGUAUUGAUUUCUCUUGGAAAACAUAUACAAUUUUUUCUAAAUCUAAAAAGGCCUUUUUAGGAAAAACUGAAAAAAAAAUCCAAUAUUAAAUUCUAAUAAAAAUUAAUCUGUACUUACUGCAAGUCAUGUACAAUAAAUUGGUGCGAAUAAAAUGGCACGAGGAGAAUUGUUUGGUUAGGAUGUUAAGGUUUAACCAAAGCAAUAUAAACUCUAUUUCUUGCUUAGUAACGAUUCUUCUUAUACUGUGCAUUCAUAUUAAUUAUAGGCGGUGACGUCAGAUAAUACUUGUUUUCAAAUCGAUCGAUUCAAAUUCACUACAAAAUAACAGAUUGCGACUAUUGCUCUGACUGUAAUUUGCAAAUUUUGGCGUUACGAUAAUCUCAAACUAGCAUUAACUUUUGGUAUGGUGUGCUGCAUUGGUUCAGAUUUUCACGAAAUUAUAUAUUUUUACAUGACAAUUGUUUCGACAACACCGUGUCUUUAUCAAAUGUCACAUUUGAUAGACACGGUGUUGUCGAAACAAUGUCACAUUUGAUAAAGACACGGUGUUGUCGAAACAAUUGUCAUCUAAAAAUUUAGUUCUUAUUUAUUUUGAUAGAUGGAUUUUCAUCAAGUAAAAGCCACCUCAGUUCAAUUCCAGAAAGUUUUCCUGGACUAAUUUGACAUAUCCAAUGGAUGUCGGGUGCUAUCUGGGACACCUCCUGAUUAUGGUCUGUAGGAAAGUCGGUUAACAUAAUCAGAAAAACUAUUUAGUUAAAAAAUGAGGUUUUUUGUGGGGAUGUUUCCAAUACGAACGGGUCGCCCUGUAGGUCACAGGGUGUAGUCUCAAAAAAUAAAAAAAAUAAAAAAUAGAUAGAUUUAGCUUUCCCAUGUUGUAGUAAUCUAGUAGGGGUUUAAAAACGAGAGCGGAGAUAACUUGAAGUAGCAAUAAAUUGGGAUUUACGUAUGAAAUGCGUAGAAUUAACGUUAUUUGUGUAAAAAAUCGUGAUUAGGUGAUCGACUGUCUUUUUGUACGACCGUAAGCGGAAAUAUUUUCGAAAAAUAAAAAAAAAUCCUCGAUGCCUUGUCGUACGAAUAGUGAAAAUAUAGGGGAGUUGGUUAAAUUCGAAAAUAUUAACAUAAAUAAAUAUCUAAAAAACGUUGUUUUAAAUGUAAGCCUAUGAAAAUUCCAAAAAAUGCAAUUUGUAAAAGCCAUAGAAGGAAGAAAAAAAGAUAAUCUUCUCGCGUUAAACCUCUUGCCGUUUUGAAUUUCCCAAUGGCAAUACUAUACAUCUACCGAACUAAGCAUGUUUAUUCAUGUUCAAUAUUUUCGCAGGACUACAACUAAGUACCCGUCGACAAUGGGGUGUAUUUUAAGAUGUAACAUAUCCAGCUAUAACUAUAUCGGGAAUGUACAUUUCUAUGAAGAUUACGAGAUAUUUUUGCACGUCACGUAAACAUUUCGUAUGUAUAAAUACUUCACUAAAUUGAUAUUUGCGCUUGAGAAUCUCGGCUUCAUUUUCCGGGCCAAAAUAGAAACGCACCCUCAAUGGGGAUCUAUAACGUCCCAUUAUUGCUGUUUUACGUUUGAUAUUUAAGUUUUACAACCAAACAUACAGGAUACCCUACCGGGAAAAGUAUAACUAGCAAAGCGUUAGCGGUGUAUAAAUUUACCUUCAUAGAUCAAAUUACUUCCGGUUAGACAUCCUGUAUAGGAUAUGCGCUAUACUCAGUUUCGCUAGUCCUAUAGUGCCUGACGUGCUGUGUUUAAUGAUUUGAAAAAGAUUUUGCCCAUAAGGGAUUAUUUAUUAUUAACUCCGUCUUGGCGACACGUACAAAAUCGCGGACCACUUCUUCUUUGCCGAUGGCUAGUUAGUGUAUAAUGUGUGGCUGUUACUUUAUUUUAGCGAAAAAGUGUAUUUUAUUAUUCGUACUCAAUAAAUGUUAUUAAUAAUAA